UUGCCAGCAAUCCUGCUUUGAUUGUAAAGGGUUUACAGCUUUAUGUUUGAAUAGCUAAAACAUCUGUUCAGUGACAUUGUGAAAUCCUCAUGUUCAGAACCCCUGAUAAGGGGGACUGCUGAGCGAUUGGCUCAUAGAGGCUCUACAGGCAGCGAGGGCUGUACGUACAGUGGUCACCGCUUGCCUUCCCUCCUCCUGGCCAGAGGAAAACAUAGGAGACAGCUACAGUUUUACACAUGAUUUUCCUUUGAGAGGGAGAGAGCAGGAAGUGCCUAGGAAAUGGUUCAUGACAGAAACCUGGAGUUUUAAAUAGGAGAGUGGAGGAGGAGAGCUCAUGGGCACAUUUUGUGAACAGUUGAAACACUGACACCACAGCAGCAGGGGAAAACCAGACUUCUGCGAGAGCAAGCACGCCACAAGCUACCCUGAUGGAAGGAGAGACGGCACCCGAGGCCAGGAGAGGAGCCAGCAAAGCCACACGGAUCGCCCUCGGUGUCUUUGUGAGCGGCACUGUUGUGCUUGGCACUGCGCUUUUCUUGGUUAGCCAAGGUCUUAUAAAGUUUCAUCGGAAGCAACAGUACUGUUUGACUGCAGAAUGCAUUGAAGCUGCUGCUGGCAUCCUGAGCAAGAUAAAUCAAUCUGUAGAUCCGUGUGAGAACUUCUAUCGAUUUGCAUGUGAUGGCUGGAUAUAUAAUAACCCUAUUCCUGAAGAUAUGUCAAACUAUGGUGUUUAUCCUUGGCUGCGACACAAUGUGGACCUCAAACUAAAGGCAUUACUUGAGAAACCCAUCAGCAAAAGGCGAGACAGCGAAGCUGUGCAGAAGGCCAAGAUCCUUUAUGCAUCCUGCAUGAAUGAGAAUAAAAUUGAAAAAGCCGAUGUGAAGCCCCUGUUAAGCAUCCUGAGGCAUUCACCCUUCCGCUGGCCUGUGCUGGAAUCCAAUAUUGGGCCUGAAGGACUGUGGUCAGAAAGGAGGUUUAGUUUAGUCCAAGCCUUGGCAACUCUUCGUGGCCAAUACAGUAACUCUGUUUUCAUCCGUUUAUAUGUGGCUGCUGAUGACAAAAUCUCCAAUCGGUAUAUCCUGAAGAUUGACCAAGCAAGCCUCUCUCUGGCAUCUAGAGAGGAUUACCUAGAAAACACUACAGAAGCCAAAUCUUACCGAGAUGCCUUUUUGCAGUUCAUGGUUGAUACAGCAGUGCUUCUGGGUGCAAAUGCUUCACGAGCUGAAUCUGAUAUGAAAUCAGUUCUAAAACUGGAAGUUAAAAUAGCAGAGAUCAUGAUUCCAUAUGAAAAUCGAACGAGUGAAGUGAUGUACAAUAAAAUGAACAUAUCGGACCUUAGUGCCAUGAUUCCACAGUUUGACUGGCUGGGAUACAUCAAGAAGGUGAUUGACACCAAACUCUAUCCUGAGCUUAAAGAUAUAGGUCCUUCAGAAAAUGUGAUUGUCCGUGUUCCCCAGUACUUCAAAGACUUAUUCAGGAUACUAGAAAAUGAAAGGAAAAAGACUCUUGCCAACUACCUGGUGUGGAGGAUGGUUUAUGCAAGGUUAUUUAACCUCAGCAGACGUUUCCAGUAUCGGUGGCUGGAAUUUUCUCGGGUGAUCCAUGGGACCACAACUUUGCUGCCUCAGUGGGAUAAAUGUGUGGACCUUGUUGAAAAUGCACUCCCCUACGUUGUGGGCAAGAUGUUUGUGAAUGCCCAUUUUCAAGAAGACAAGAAAGAGAUGAUGGAGGAGUUGACAGAAGGAAUUCGCUGGGCUUUUAUUGACAUGUUGGAAAAGGAAAAUGACUGGAUGGACUCUGAAACAAAACGAAGAGCUCAUGAGAAGGCAAAAGCAGUUAUGGCAAAAGUUGGUUACCCUCAGUUUAUAAUGAAUGACACAUAUAUUAAUGAAGACAUCAAAACACUGAAGUUCACAGAAAGCGACUAUUUUGGCAAUGUAUUGCAAACUCGCAAAUACGCAGCCCAGUCUGAUUUCUACUGGCUUAGAAAAGAAGUUCCAAAAACAGAGUGGUUUACAAGCCCAACUACUGUAAAUGCUUUUUAUAGUGCAUCUACCAACCAGAUCAGGUUCCCAGCAGGAGAACUACAAAAACCUUUCUUUUGGGGAACAGAAUAUCCCAGGUCAUUAAGUUAUGGUGCCAUAGGAGUAAUUGUUGGCCAUGAGUUUACUCAUGGAUUUGAUAGCAAUGGUCGGAAAUACGACAAAAAUGGAAACUUAGACCCUUGGUGGACAACUAACUCUGAAGAAAAAUUUAAAGAGAAAACGAAGUGCAUGAUUGAUCAAUACAACAAUUACUACUGGAAGAGAGCUGGCUUAUAUGUGAAAGGGAAGAGGACUUUGGCAGAAAACAUUGCAGAUAAUGGAGGCUUGCGAGAAGCUUUCAGGGCAUACAGGAAAUGGAUUACAGAAAAGAGGGGAGGAGAAGAAGAGCCUUUGCUGCCAGGCCUUGAGUUCACACACAACCAGCUUUUCUUUCUGAGUUAUGCCCAUGUAAGAUGCAACUCCUUUAGACCGGAAUCUGCGAGGGAGCAAAUAUAUACUGGAGCUCACAGCCCUCCACAGUUCAGAGUUAUCGGAGCCAUGAGCAACUUUGAAGAGUUCCGUAAAGCUUUCAAUUGCCCGAGGAAUACGACGAUGAACCGAGGGGCAGAAUCCUGCCGGUUGUGGUAGAUGUCCCUGCCAGUCUUCUGUCAAGAGGAGUCUGCAAUGUGCAAUGUGAACUGCUGAGCUCAAGCCCUCUGCUAGAGUUUCAGAAUUAUGUUCUUGAGAGGUGUUACUUCAAAUGCAUCUUCCUUAUCCAUGUUGAUGACCAUCAUGAAUCUAAUCAUCCCUACUUAGAGCCUAGAAACACUCCAAAUAGAAGAGGUUUCCUUUAAUGAUAAUAAUAAAAAGCAACUCCUUUUAUCCAUAAAACUA